GCAGCAGUAAUAGGCGAAGAGGGAGGAGGGAAGGGGGGGGGGGACUGACCGUCACCUCUCCCACUCAGGCAUAUUGGGCGACCAGGACUGUCCUGUGUUGCCAACACAUCUAUGUGCUCUGUGCACAACACAGGCUUGUUGCCUAGGAGGAUAUCACAGACAGGGACCCUUCAUAUAUUUCCUUAUUUACUCAGGCGGAGAGAGAAGCUCCAUUAGGCCCUAUUGAUUUACGAUGGACACAUACUUACAUGCAUUAUAGCAAGGGCUCGAAAACCUGCAUGAUGUGGGGCAAAUUUAUGCAAGGGUAUCAGGGAUGGAAGGGGGACCUACGGCUGUAGAGUGGAUGUAUCCAAACAGAGAAUUAAUCGAUUCCCGUAGAGAAAAAAAAUAUAAUGUGUGUAUAACCGAACGAAUGAUCGAUUGGACACAGGGGAAAGUAGGACAUGUUCCAUUUCCUCUUCGGUUGAACAGCUUGCCAUGUAAGGAUUACAGCACGCCGGCGUUUGUCAGCUCCUAUCAAAAACAUAUUACAAGCAGCACAAUUCCCCCUAUUGCUGUCGUCUAUUGUUUCCUGUGUACUUCUUGCAGAAUAAGUAUAAAGAUGAAAAAAAAAAAGAGGAAGACACAUGGCAGUGUCUGUUCCCUAUCUGGAAUGCUGAGCACUGGAAGGAAGCCUGGUUGUUGAGGUGUGUCGGACUUGUCCGCUAUGGGAACGGCGACUGAAGAACAAGUGGUGGUGGAGGACGACUCCUCAUUGAAUCCCUUGUGCUUUGAGUGUGGUCAGCAGCACUGGACCAGAGAGAACCACCUGUACAAUUACCUGAAUGAAGUGGACGAUGACCUGGUAUGCCACAUUUGCCUUCAACCAUUGCUGCAGCCGCUGGACACUCCAUGUGGCCACACUUUCUGCUACAAGUGCCUCAAAAACUUCUUACAGGAGAAAGACUUUUGUCCGCUCGACCGAAAGCGACUGCACUUUAAACUGUGCAAGAAAUCCAGUAUCCUGGUGCACAAACUGCUGGACAAGCUUGUAGUCUCUUGUCCGUUUUCCAAUGCCUGCAAGGACACCAUGCAACGGUGUGAUGUGGAGGCGCAUCUCAAACACAGAUGUCCGGGAGCAUCACACAGAAGACAAGUCUUGGAUCAGAGAAGAACCAGCAAACUACAGAUAGAGAUCGAAGGAGAGAAUGGUCCCGGUGUGAUUGAUCAUCCAGCAGCUGUAUCUUCAGAUGUGGACAAAGCAGGAACAGGAUCUGCGCUUCUGGAAAGAACCGUGACACCAACUGUGCUGCCUUUGUGGUCUGAUGACCAGGGAUUUGAUAACCCUGCCUUCGAGGAGAGCACCGUAUCUGACACUAUGCAGCCCCCAGCUAGCUUGCCUGAAGGAGAAAUUACUACCAUUGAAAUACACCGGUCAAACCCGUACAUCGAACUGGGGAUCAGCAUCGUUGGUGGUAAUGAGACCCCUUUAAUAAACAUUGUCAUACAGGAAAUAUAUCGAGAUGGCAUCAUUGCCAGGGAUGGGAGACUAUUGGCUGGCGACCAAAUACUUCAAGUGAAUAAUUUUGACAUCAGCAAUGUAUCACAUAACUAUGCCAGAGUGGUCUUGUCCCAACCAUGCACUGUACUCCAUCUGACCGUGCUCCGAGAGAGGCGCUUUGGAAGCAGAACCCAGGCCCAUAUGGACAGCAACUUGCAGAGGGAGGAAAGCUUCCAUGUCACUUUAAAUAAAAGAGGGACCAAUGAGCAGCUUGGAAUCAAACUUGUCCGAAGAACUGAUGAAUCUGGAGUUUUUAUACUGGAUCUCCUAGAAGGAGGACUGGCUGCACAAGAUGGAAGACUUCACAGCAAUGACCGCGUCCUAGCAAUCAAUGGACUUGACCUAAAGCAUGGCACCCCCGAACUAGCUGCUCAGAUUAUUCAGGGUAGCGGAGAACGGGUCCAUUUGACGGUAUCUCGGCCUGUAAAGCAUCCAGCUGGUAUCAUAACCCGAGAGGUCGCCAACGGCCAGCCCCAUCACCAUGUGCAGCAAGUGUAUCAUCACAGGCCAAGUGCACACAGGGAUCUUUCCCAGUGUGUAACCUGCCAUGAAAAGCAUAUCACCGUGAAGAAAGCUCCCAUGGAAUCAUUGGGCAUGACGGUGGCCGGAGGAAGAGGGAGUAAAAGCGGCGAGCUCCCCAUCUUUGUAACCAGCGUGCAGCCUCACGGAUGUCUUGCGAGAGACAGCAGAAUUAAGCGAGGGGAUGUUCUGCUGAGCAUUAAUGGUAUUGAUCUGACCAACCUGAGCCAUAGCGAAGCUGUGGCUAUGCUGAAGGCCAGUGCCGCCUCCUCUGUGAUCACUCUGAAGGCUCUCGAGGUAGAGGUUCUAGAAGAACAAACCCAAGUAAAUGAAGAAAUGAGCACAAUCAGUGAGAAUGAAUAUGAUGCCAGCUGGUCUCCAUCAUGGGUCAUGUGGCUCGGACUACCCAGCUGUCUCCAUAGCUGCCAUGAUGUUAUCUUAAGAAGAAGCAGUUUGGGCAGCUGGGGCUUUAGUAUAGUUGGAGGAUAUGAGGAGAACCACACGAAUCAGCCCUUCUUCAUUAAAACCAUAGUUCUCGGGACACCUGCAUACUAUGAUGGACGCCUUAAGUGUGGAGACAUGAUAGUUGCUGUCAAUGGCUUGUCUACCGUGGGGAUGAGCCACUCCGCUUUAGUCCCAAUGCUGAAGGAACAAAGGAGCAAAGUGACACUUAGCGUAAUCUCAUGGCCCGGGAGCCUGGUCUAAGUGGUUCUCCAUUGUUGUGCUCCAUCUUCUGUGCUCUAGAGCUGCUCCUCAUCUCGGCAUCACUCACUUCACCGCAGAAGCGAUAGACGUGCUCUGUGAGAUCACUGAAGUGGGAAGACUCACACGAGGGGCUGGGACCUGUUCACGACUUGCGCUGGUCUAGUCAUAUGGCCCCGUUGCUUUUUUUCUUCCAGCUAUCCCAAAAAAAAAACUAUAUCGUGACAGGGGCUCCGUAGAUCGUGCUGCGCUAUCAGCUCAUAUACAAUAAAGUUCUGCCGUAGAGGUUACGUGAAGCCAUUGAGUAAAUGUUUUUGAGGUUUUCUUUCAUGCCACGGCUAUAGUGUUCGGUGGCCCCCGCGCUACAUUGUCAAUGACUAAACCGGUACUGUCAGCUAUAACGGUCCGAUAUUUUCUUUAUAAAUGUAAAAGCCUGACCCCACCCAAUACCCGCUGCGUUUCAGUUCGGACUUAGAGGCACCGCGGGACCUUUUAUUGGUUUACCUCAAGGGGACAUUGCCAGUAAUGCGUGUCCUACAAGAAUGAUAUCAUUUAUCUGCUGUCUGUGGGGGCUUUGACAAUUGUACAAAGGAAAAAAUAUUGGGGGCCAAAGCUAAAACUUUUUGGGUUUUGUACUGUGCAAUAAUUGUGGGGUUUUUCUCUUUUUUUUUGUUGUUGGGGGGGGGGGGGGGUAACAAUUUAAUACAGUGUAUCCUGUAUGGAGGGGAUUCAUCUCAAGGUUUACCUUCCUGAUAAUGAAUGUGUUUUUUGUUAGUAUGAACAAACUUUUGAUAUUUUUACUGCAAUAUUUCUAUUUGGACGUGCUUGUGUUUGUGGACUUUUUACAAUGUUGGACGUGAAGGUGACUUGUUGAAGUAAAUUUUGCUUCAGUCGUGAAUAGGAAUUGUGGUGGCAGGGAGUGUGGUGCAGGGCAGAUGUUGUUGCCCUAGGGGCAGAUGGCAUUAACCCCUUGUAUUCAUGAUGCCAGGGUGUGGUUUAGCCUAUAACCACCCAAAGGUAUACCGCUGGAUCCUGGGUUAGGCAUGGGGGCAAUAAAAACUCUGAUGCCAUGUUACGGACAACGGUAGCGUUACUGGACAAUUUAAUGCAGACCAUGCUAACUUGACAGAUGACAGGGACUGACUUGACUUGACUUGAUGGGGGCUGCAGGACUUGACUUUGUGGUCUCCAACACUCUGGACACACACACUAGGCGACUGCACUGGACCUCAGCUUAGCAGAAGAGCAGAGCUCAAAGAGAGAGAAGCUCCACCCAGGGCUUAUAUAGGGGAGAGUAGCAGGGAGCCCAUAGGUCACUCUUGGGAUCACCUGGUCAAUGAUACCUCCUGGGUAACAAUCACAUAACAUAUCACAUGGUAUAACUCUUAAAGCAACAUUACAUUUUAUAACACUUUACAUGGAAAAACAUAUUUACAAUGGGGAAACAAGUGUAGGGGGCCUUGGGGACACUGAAGGAGGCUGCCUGACAGGACAGCAGGUAACACCUCCCGUACUGGGCAUUUUGUUAUUUUUUGUUUCUUCAGCACAGGGUGUGGGUUUUGUCAUUAUCCAGUAUGGGAGAUGAAUCGGAAUGAAUUUUGGGGCUCUGUUGACAUUAGUGGCACUUUCAGACAGAUCCAAACUGACAUGGACAGUCCUUGCGGUCAGUUUGCGUUGAUCAAAAGUACCAGAAUCUAAGAGAUGACUGGUAAAAGGCUCCCAUGGAAAUUAAUGGGUGUCACCACCUAUGAAAUAAAUGUGUCCAAUGGUCAUUCUGUAACAAGCCAAUGGCCCAGUUUUACUAUUCCCAUCCCGACAGUUUAGUGUUUGCAUUUGUGACACAAUUUUGCUGCAUGUUUUCAUGCACCAAAAUGUUAAGGGAACCUGAGCAAUCCCACAAAUUAGAUUCUUUAAGGGGUACUCCGAUGGAAAACUUCUUUUUUUUUUUUUAAAUCAAGUGGUGCCAGAAAGUUAAACAGAUUUGUAAAUGACUUAUUUUUUAAAAUCUUAAUCCUUCUAGUACUUAUCAGCUGCUGCAUACUACACAGGAAGUUCUUUUCCUUUUUAAUUUAUUUUCUGUCUGAUUACAGUGCUCUCUGCUGACACAUCUGUCCAUGUCAGGAACUUUCCAGAGCAGGAGCAUAUCCCCAUAGCAAACCUGUCCUGCUCUGGACAGUUCCUGACACGGACAGAGGUGUCAGCAGAGAGCACUGUGUUCAGACAGAAAAGAACUAUACAGCAGAUGAUGAGGAUUAAGAUUUUUAACCCCUUAAGGACGCAGCCCUUUUUCGCAAUUAUGACCACCGUCACUUUACAAAUUAAUAACGCAAAAACGCUUUUACCGAAUAUUCUGAUUCUGAGAUUGUUUUUUCGUAACAUAUUCUACUUUAUUUUGGUGGUAAAUUUUCGGCGUUAAUUGCAUCCUUUUUGGUGAAAAAUCCCAAAAUUUCAUGAAAAUUUUGAAAAUUUUGCAUUUUUCUAACUUUGAAGCUCUCUAAUUGUAAGGAAAAUGGAUAUUCCAAAUAAAUGUUAUUUUUCUUCACAAACAAUAUGUCCACUUUAUGUUGGCAUCAUAAAAUGGAAAUACUUUUGCUUUUUGAAAAAAAUUAGAGGACUUCAAAGUAGAGCAGCAAUUUUAAAAAAUGUCAUGAAAAUUGCUAAAUCUGAAGGGACAGAAGUUACAGAACUACAACUCCCAGCAUGCCUGGGCAGUCAAGGCAUGAUGAGAGUUGUAGUUUGGCAACAUCUGGAGGGCUACUGUUUGGGCACCACUGUAACAGCGGUCUCCAAACUGUGACCCUCCAGAUGUUGCAAAACUACAACUCCCAGCAUGCCCAGACAGCCUUUGGCUCUCUGGGCAUGCUGGGAGUUGCAGUUUGGCCCCCCUAGUGGUUGCCAUAGUAAAGAUCGAUUUACC